UUCAUCAGCAAGUAUAUUAGAAAAAAGAUAAAAUUUUAUUUGCAAAAUUGCAUGUGAGUUAAUCUCAUAAAGUAAAUCGAAUUUACAUUCUCAUUAAUAUAUAAUUAUAUAUAUAGUUAUAUACAAACACCUUUACCUAACAUUGAGUUAUAUAGUAUUUGUUAGUGAGCCGUUGGUCCGUCCAAAUUUCUACCAGUCUGCUAAGCCCUGAUGCGUGUCCUCUGCUUUACACGGCAACUCUCUCGCAACUGUAUCUCUCUUGUACCUAAAAUUCAAAGUCUCGUUGGCCAUUCACUUGACCGUUGCUUUACCCGCCACUUUUUCCUUCAAUCCGUGAGGUUCCAUUCUGCUGAAGAUGUUUAUCGUUGUAAUGUCAAGAUUGGAUCACUCUCUCGCGCUGGCAAGAUUGAAGCUGCCCGCCAACUGUUCGAUACAAUACCGAAUAGAGAUGUGGUUUCGUGGAAUGCGAUCAUAACUGGGUACUGGCAAAAUGGGUAUUUCGAGGAAGCGAAGAGGUUGUUCGAAUUGAUGCCCAUGAGAAAUGUUGUUUCUUGGAAUUCCAUGAUCGCGGGUUGUGUUGAGAAUGAUAGAAUAGAUGAGGCUUUUGAAUUUUUUGGGAUGAUGCCUGAGAGAAAUACUGCAUCAUGGAAUGCUAUGAUUUCGGGUUUUGUUAGGUGUGGUAAUAUUAAGGAAGCGAGUAGGCUCUUUGAAGUGAUGCCAUGGAAGAAUGUGAUUUCAUAUACCGCUAUGAUUGAUGGGUAUGCGCAGAAAGGGAAGAUUGAGCGUGCGAGAGCUUUAUUUGAUUGUAUGCCGUGUAAAAAUGCCGUUUCUUGGACCGUGAUGAUUAGUGGGUAUGUGGAGAAUGGGAGAUAUGGCGAGGCGAGGGAAUUGUUCGAUCAGAUGCCCGAUAAGAAUGUUGUUGCAAUGACAGCUAUGAUCACGGGUUAUAGUAAGGAGGGGAAGAUGGAAAAUGCGAGGAUUCUGUUUGAAGAAAUUCAUUGCAGGGACCGAGUGUCGUUUAAUGCGAUGAUAACAGGUUAUGCACAAAAUGGGAGCGGUGAGGAGGCAUUGAAGUUACACAUACAAAUGCUCAGGAGUGGCAUGCAACCAGAUCACUCCACCCUUGUUUCAGUUCUUACUGCUUGUUCUACUCUUGCAUCACUAGAAGAAGGAAGACAAACUCAUGUACUUGUUCUCAAAAAUGGGUUUGACUCGCAUGUAUCUGUAUGUAAUGCUUUGAUUACCAUGUACAGCAAAUGUGGUGGCAUCCUUGACUCUGAAUUGGCUUUUGGACAUCUUGACAGUCCAGACCUUGUUUCAUGGAACACCAUUAUCGCUGCUUUUGCACAGCAUGGCCUCUAUGAGAAAGCUAUUUAUUUCUUCAAACAGAUGGGCUGCAGUGGUUUUGAACCUGACGGGAUAACAUUCCUUAGUCUAUUAUCUGCUUGUGGUCAUGCUGGAAUGGUGAAUGAGAGUAUGUACUGGUUUGACUCAAUGAUCAAAAACUACAACAUCAUCCCUAGGAGUGAGCACUAUGCUUGCUUGGUUGGUAUUUUAGGUCGAGCAGGUCAGGUUGAGAAAGCCUACAAAAUGAUCCAAGAAAUGCCAUUUGAAGGUGACUCGGGGGUUUGGGGUGCCCUUCUUGCAGGCUGUCGUGUUUGUUUAAACGUAGAGCUAGGACAAUUAGCCGCUAAGAAGAUGGUAGAAUUGGAACCCAAGAAUUCUGGAGCUUACAUUAUGCUGUCUAAUAUUUAUGCUGCAGCUGGGAUGUGGAAGGAAGUUACUAGGGUGAGGAGCUUGAUGAAAGAGCAAGGAGUUAAGAAGCAACCUGCAUAUAGUUGGAUGGAGAUCGAGAAUAAAGUACAUUAUUUUUUGGGAGGGGAUACAUCUCAUCCAGAUAUUGAAGAGAUUCAAUUAGAGCUCAAGCGGAUCAACUUACAAAUGAAGUCCAUGGACAGAAUUGCUGAUAUUGUUUCGAAAUGGAGCUGUUUAAGUUGAAAUACAUCCUCAUU